AUGGUUGAUUGGACAGAAUACUUCUCAACUCAUUUGUCUCGAUUAUUUCCUGGAAAUCUUAGACUUAAUCCUAUCUUUGGUGAAACAUUAAGAGAAGAUCCGUAUUACCGAGCUUCAUCAAAGCUAAAAUUCUAAUGUUAAGAGUGCUAAAAUUAAUGGACAACAGCUCAGGGAACUGUAAAGUUUGUUUAUCACAGACAAAGAAGAAAUAAUCUGCUUUUUAUUGAAGUAUUUAUCUAUCAGCAGAAAUGCAAAAGAUGUGAUAGCUGGGCUUGGCUUAGCACCUAUAUUGAUGAAGAGAGGCGAUUAUCUAAAAUGUUCUUUGGGUUUAUUAAAUAAUUGCUUGAUAGAAGAUUUCGCAAUAAAGAAAGACCUCAAAGAGAAAGCAGUGCUGUCACCAAUCAUCUGACAGAGCUUUGUGCUGCAUGCACAGAAGGUUGCUGUGUACACAUUCCAAGGAGAGGAAGAAGAUGA